AUGACUUCGCAGUCUUCUGCACCGCGCAGUUCCUCAAGUUCCGGAAGGUCGCAAUCUAGAAGUGCCGUGCCCGAUAAGCAGAUCUCGCAAAUCGAAAAGAGUGUUACGCAUCUCCUGGUGGCCACAAAACAACUGUUGGAAACGUUAACGCAAUGGUCCCGUACGCAAGCCUCGGAGAACGAGGUGUCUGACGUGUAUGUGCGGCUGGGCUAUGAAUUCAAUCUUGCUUGUCGCGCCUUCAAUGCAAUCGGCGUCGAUACCUCCGACCUGGGUCCCGUUCCCGACCUCCUCCGCACAAUCCUCGAAGAUACCCUCAGUCAGGAUGCAUCCCCACAGAGUCUCGAUCGUUAUCUGCCCCGGAUUCGCGACAUCAUCAUCAAUCUCUUACAUGGCCUCAAGAAGAAACAGGCUCGCCUACGCUCUCGGCAACAGCGGGAAGAGUCGCGAACCCUCCCGGGUCGCCAGGCGAGUGCGGGAAGCAUCUCCAGUGGGCAAGCGGCGAUGAAUCAGGCUUACGAGGAAACGGCUUCGACGGUCUCGUCGCCGAAACGUCCGGGUCGUCGAUAUGGAAGCAACGGCUCGAUCGAAGACCCCCCGCCAUCGAUGGCUCGGGCCUCUCCAACCCCGUCUGGGCCCGGUGGUUCCAGCUAUUCCGAACGAGAAGCGUCGCGACGAGAGGCACAGACAAUCUUGUCUCAAUCCUCACCCUCCGAGGCCACGGCUGCCAAGGCCCCCGAAUCGAAUAACGCCGGCGGGUUUCCCACUCCUCCGCCGCCUCCGCCCCCGAAACAAGACGAUGCCAUCGGCGCGUUGCAAAGAAGUGGCGAGUUGGAGCGUCGUGCCUCUCGAAGAUUUUCCGCCUAUCAGAUACAGAAACACCUCGGUACUUCCUCCAACGGGGUCCCUGUGCUCCCUACCCAGAACUCUCCCAUCCCCAAUCGAGGCCGCGAUGUUCGGGAAUCCUUAAAUGCAGUGCGCUUGCGGGGAUCCUAUGCACAUGGCAGACAGCGCUCGACCAACCGUGCCAACGAUGCCGCCAGUGCCAAGAGUACCCAACCUGCGGUGGCCCCAAAUGUUCCGAAGAUCCAAGAAGAACGCGCCUCACCUCGGGGUCCGUCCCCCGUGGAACUGUCGGCCGACGGGGUGAAAGCUACGGAGGAGCGAUCUCAUCCUCGCAUCGGCAAGGAUGGCCCGGGCGCUGCUCCAGUUGGGCCGCCGCCGGAGCUGCCUCGACCACCCGAGGAACCACUUCUCGAUGAGGCAUUUGAGCCGGAGAAAGGCGGUGCGGAUGCCGUUGCUGCUCCCACAACGCCGAAGGCUGAACAUCGACAGCCUCAGACGGCCACGUCUACGCCUCCUCAGUCCUCCCAAUUGGCCGCUGAGCAACCGUCUCCAGGCAAGGAACUAACAUUAUUCCUACAGUACAAGAGCAAAAUCAAGAAGUACGUGCUGCCGGAGGGCUAUACCGGCUUGACGAUUGGGCGACUGCAGCUGGCUUUUAUCGAGAAGUUUGCCUGGAACACGCACAACAAUGGCGUCGAUCUACCGGAGAUCUAUAUUCAAGACCCAGUUUCGGGGGUUCGCCACGAGCUGGAAGAUCUCAGUGAUGUCAGAGACCGCUCCGUCCUCGUUCUGAAUGUUGACAUCCUGGAUGAAGUAAAGAAGCACUUUGACGAGGAGUUUGGCGGCGUUCGCCGUUUGAUCGAGGGUGUGAAGGGUGCUCUGGACGGACAGGAAACCAUGAUGCAACGCGUUUCGGACCGUCAGCUCGAUGCCGCCAAGGAGAUGGCCCGCCUCGCUGCAGCGCCGCCGCCGGUCUCCAAUGCUCCCGCGGAGGGAGCCACCCGCAAGGGUCCGAUCACGGGUAGUGACAGUCAGCUUGCGGAGCUUCAGAGCCUUCGGCGCGAUCUUGCUGUGCUGCGCCAGACGUAUUCGAAUUUCUCUUCGGAUAUUGCCAGCUCCAUGAGCGCCAUUCGCACCAAAGCCAGCAGCGUCAAAACCGUGGCGGCCGAUGCCUCUGUGCCGUCAUUCGAAGGCGAUGCGGGUCGUGCGCGGGUAAAUUCCGGGAAGAAGGAGCUUGCCGAGGAGUCAGAACGUCUCGUCGUGCGCGUUGAUGACCUACAAGAUUUGGUGGAGGAUCUCCGGAAAGAUGUGGUUACUCGCGGGGUUCGACCUCUGCCGCGCCAGCUGGAAGGAGUCAGUAAAGAUAUCAGUGCCGUCACCAAAGAGAUCAAGAAGAUGCAAGACUUCCUCAAGCGAGAGAAGCCUAUCUGGACCAAGAUAUGGGAGAAGGAACUGCAGAUGGUGUGUGAGGAGCGUGAUCAGCUCACUAUGCAGGAGGAUCUUGCCGCCGAUCUGCAGGAUGACUUGGAGAAGGCUGCCCAAACCUUUGGUCUAGUUGAACAGGCUACCAAGCAGCAAGCCAUGCAGAACAACGCCCCCGGAGGUGUGACCUUGCGCAGCACUUCGCGAAACGUGGUGAUCGACCCCGCCGUGGAUCCCAUGAAAGCCAAAGACGGCGUCCUAGGGGAGGUGCGAGCUUUACAACCCAAUCACGAAUCUCGUCUCGAAGCUAUCGAGAGGGCCGAGAAGGCACGCCAGAAGGAGCUGGAGACCCGGCGGAUCGGGCUCUUCCAGAAAGAGCUGGGUAAAUUUGUUGAGGAGGGCAAGUUGAAGAAGAGUGGCGGCGUUGAGGAGACCGAGCGACUGCGUAAAGCCAAGGAUGACCGCAUCCGCAAAGAGGUCUGGGAAAGGCAGCAAGCGCGCGCAGCGGAAAUUGAAAAAGCGGCGGCCGCCGAGGCAGCAUCUUCGCAAGCCCAGGAACAGCCUGCCGCCGACGACGCUGCGGACAAGGAUAGCGAGGCGAACGCUGCCGAACCGGAACCUGCGAAGCCCGAAGAUGAACAACCGCCAGCAGCGAUCGCGACUGCCGAGAAGGAUGACAGUAGCGUCAAGCCUGAGACGCACGAGGCGACAGACGAGACUAGCAAACAGGAUGAGUCCUCCAAGAAGGACGACGCGGUAGACCCCGAGACCAAAUAG